UGCAAUCUGAGGGUGCCGGGGAAGCGGAGAGCAGGCCCCUGGCUUACCUGAGUCUGACAAGCCACCUCUCCACAGCCAUGCGGUGCCCCCCACACAGCCACUACAGCCUGUGUGUGAACCCCUGUCCCGCGGCCUGUGCAGGUGUUCAGGAGGUGGUACAGCUCCCCACUCCCUGCGCUGAGGGCUGCGAGUGCGAUGAUGGAUUCUUCCCCGCCAAGGGUGACUGCGUCCCUGUGGACCACUGUUCUUGCUUCCACAAUGGCCUGUACUUCCCUGUGAGCAUCCCCUUGGGCCCUUGUUAGAGGUUUAUUUGGAUCCUCUCAUCUCAGAACCUUUGGCUACACCUUCCUUUCAAUACCACCUCACCUUUCACCGCCUCUCCCUUCCUCCACAGCCUGGCCAGACUAUCCUCAUCAAGAAUUGCUCCUCCUCCUGUACCUGCCACCUAGGGGAAGGUGUGGCCUGUGUCCCCUUCAGCUGCCCUAUGGAGGAGGUCUGUGGCAUCACAGAUGGAGUCCUAGGCUGUCGAUUGCAAGCCACCUUGGCCCCUGCCCCUAGCUCUGUGGCCCCACCGCUGGUUUCCCCGCCAUUGCUCCCCAGUCCCAGUCCCCAGUGCCCAGAAAACUCCCGCUUUGUUCCCUGUGGGUCUGCAUGUCCAGCCACGUGUGCCAACCCCUCAGCCCCAGAGCACUGUAGCCACCCCUGUGCUCCUACCUGCCAGUGCCUGCCUGGCUACCUGCUGCAGGACGGCCAGUGCAUGCCCCCUGCACACUGCUCCUGCUUCCUGCACCAAGGGCGUACUUUCUGGACAGACAACUGUACUUGGCACUGCCACUGCCCAACCCUUGGGGCCCUGGUGAGCAAACUUCCCCAGUGUUGGCCUGACAAGUGCCAUGGUCACUGCAAGGCCUUCACGGGUGGUUGGUACCACUGCCUGUCAGCCCAGUCCUCACCCAGUCCCACUGUCCUGGAGAAGCCACUGGUGUGCACUGCCUCUGGAGACUUCUACUUCCACACAUUUGGAGGAGCUCACUACGAAUUCCCUGGCUCCUGUGUCUAUCGCCUGGCGGGUCUCUGUGACACAGCCCAUGCCGACCUUGAGCCCUUCAGCCUGGAUUUGACCCCACUGCUGCGGCCACGUGGCUGGGCCAAGGCCCUGACCCUCUUAGCCUGUGGCCUGAGGCUGGACCUGAGUCCAGAAGAUCUCAACCACAUCCGGGUGGACGGAAUUCUGGAAUCGCUGCCCUUCUUUCACGGCCACUGCCUCCGUGCCUACUACCAAGGCCGACAGCUCUGUGUAGACACGGACUUCGGCCUCUCACUCACCUACGAUUGGGACAGCCUGGCACGUGUAACGCUGCCGAGGCCCUACGGACCCUACCUGUGUGGACUCUGUGCCCAAAGAGGCCCAAGCAGCCCCACGGUGCCGUUGCCCGACAUCUGGAAGGUGGCAGAAGUGCCAGGCUGUGGCCCAGUCUGCGGGCCCCUCUGCCACAACCAGUGUCCAGUGUCCACGCGCACUCGAUUCGCUGGAGACGCGUACUGCGGGCUGCUGGCGGGGGCCGAGGGUCCCUUGGGGCCAUGCUACGCCGCGCUGGACCCGCUCCCAUUCCUGGACAACUGCCUGGACGACGUGUGCCGCCACCACGGAGCCCGUCCCAUCGUCUGCCGAGCCCUGGCCGCCUUCACUGUCGCCUGUCAGGCUCUGGAUGUGCACCUGCGGCCGUGGAGGACGCCUGACUUCUGUCGUGAGUGUGUGGGGCUUGGCAUACUUAGUGGGUGAAGCUCCUAAGAGCUGGGAUUUGGGACACCGAGGGACGGACGCGGGAGGACCAAUGAAGAAGUUCAGGCCUGGGUGGGUGGAGCCAGGUGAAGAAGGGUGGGAC